GGUAAUAGGGAAAGGAGUGAGUCAAAUUUUUGUUGGGAGAGAGUGUGGAAACACAGAGAGCCAUGGAGACUGCAAUAUGUGGGAGAUUACCUCUCUCACCUAACACUGUCUUUAAUCCCAAACCAGGGGAUAAACAGUCUCUUUGCAGAAGACAACGUCCAAAUCAUGGCAUUCUCAUGGUUGUAUCAGCAGCAGCUCUAGGUAAAGGGGCAGGUGUUUUGGACAGACCAGUUAUAGAGAGAACUACUCCUGGUCGUGAAUCUGAGUUUGAUUUGAGGAAAAAAAAGAAAACAACUCCACCAUUCCGUGUGAUACUUCAUAACGACAACCACAACAAACGAGAAUAUGUUGUCCAAGUACUAAUGAAGGUUAUUCCAGGAAUGACCCUCGACAAUGCAGUUAACAUAAUGCAAGAAGCUCACUACAAUGGCUUGUCAGUGGUGAUCAUUUGUUCUCAGGCUGAUGCUGAAGAGCAUUGCAUGCAACUGAGGGGUAACGGGCUACUGAGUUCAAUUGAACCAGAAAGUGGGGGUUGUUGAAGCACGAAGCUCCUGAAAGAACUCAACAUAGUUUAUCACUGUUAAAUAUACAGAUUGUAGAUUGUUAGAUGGUGUAUAUACUCGGUGGUGUUCUUAUUAAACAAACCUUGGAGAUCCUAUGUCAAAUAUAGACAAUAGAUGGUAGUAAUUUUGAAUAAAAUUGACUUCCAUUC